AAUGUUUGGGCAUCGUCUUCAAUGGACGUAGUGCUACGCGGUAAACACAGCUUACGAAAAAGGCUUUCAGUCGCGACCACGUAGGCACUAGUAGCAUCAUUUUGCACUGCGUAAUCCUUGUAGUAGGCAUGUACCAGCGCACGAGAGGCGAAGUUGCGUAGAUACCCUUGGAGAAGCAAGACCCGAGGCAGUGCGUUCGAAGGUACUGUUGGCAGUGACAUCUAGAACGCCUGCUCGUUUAACAGCACAAGCGGUUGCUCAGCAGUUCGUAGCUGUCUGAAACCGAUACUCGUGCUGCGUUUCUUCAAGUGCGCUCCUCCGCCGUGCCCGAGCAUCUACUUUCGCGAUGGCCAAAGUCCACGUUUGCAACGUUGUUGUGCUGGACAACCCGUCCUUGUUCUUCAAUCCGUUCCAGUUUGAAAUAACCUUCGAGUGCAUAGAAGACCUCAAAGAAGAUCUGGAGUGGAAAAUUAUCUACGUCGGGUCAGCUGAGAGUGAAGAUUACGACCAGAUACUCGACACAGUCUACGUGGGGCCCGUACCGGAGGGCAGACAUAUGUUCGUGUUUCAGGCGGACCCACCAGAUCCCAACAAGAUCCCGGUGCAAGAUGCUGUUGGCGUCACAGUGGUGCUGCUCACAUGUUCUUACCGGAGCAAGGAGUUCAUCCGCGUUGGCUACUACGUCAACAAUGAGUACACAGAUCCAGAGCUCAAGGAGAACCCUCCGUCAACUCCCCAGUUCGACAGGCUACAGCGAAACAUCUUGGCCACCAACCCACGUGUGACCCGGUUCAAGAUCGACUGGGACGACAACCCUGGUGUUGAAAACAUCCCUCCCAGCUCUUCCAAUGUGGACUCCAAUCAGAUGCCAACCUCAGUGUCUGAAGACAGCAUUGGCCCUCUUCUCAAGGCCCCUGUGCUGUUGAACGACAGCAACCAAAGCAUGGAAGUUGUAUGAUUGUGCCUCUGUUGUGUCAAAUGGGCUUACUCAACAUCAUCACUGUGCCUGCCGUGGACCUUGUGGAUUUCAGGCGUGAGAGUGUGUGCUGUUUUAAUGUAACUGUAUUUACUUUUCAUUCAUAAAAGUUUAUUUCAUACUGCC